AUUCGAUUACAUAAAUUUUGAAAAUUUUGAAAUAUUUUUAAUAAAAUUUAAAAAAAAAAAAUUUUUUUUAAAAAUAAAUAACGCAAGAAAUUUUUUUUUACAAUGAUUAAAUUAAUUAAAAUAUUUACCGUUAUUUUUACAAUUACAUUAAUUAUUAGUGAAUCAAAAAAUGAACAAAUUGAUUGGUGUGAUAAAGAUAAAUGGUGUGACUAUAUAUUAGAGGGACAACAUAUUAAAUGUAACAAUACUGGGAAAUUUUCUUCCGAUUGUCCUGAGGAAGUUCAAAUGAUUCCCAUAAAUAAAGCUAUGAGAAUGGAAAUUUUAUAUGCACAUAAUAAAUAUCGUAAUCUUAUUGCAUCAGGUAAAUUACCUAAUUAUAAACCAGCACGACGUAUGGCACAGAUGUGUUAUUGUCAUGAUUUAGCUAGAAUGGCUGAAUUAAAUGUAAAAACAUGCCGGCAUGAACACGAUAAAUGCCGUAGUACUGAAAAAUAUCAUUUUUCUGGACAAAAUUUAUUUCGUUGGUACAGUAAUAUGAAACCAAAAAAUAUUAAAAAAAUCCUAUUAUCUGGUAUAACUGAUUGGUUUGAUGAAUAUAAAUUAACAGAUAUGAGUAUUAUUGAUAAAUAUCAUAGGGUUAAAGAAAAAGUUGGACAUUUUACAGCUUUAGUAACUGAAAGUAAUCGUUGUGUUGGCUGUUCAGCAUUAAAAAUGUUUAAAGAUGGUUUUUAUGAAAUUUUAUUUGCAUGUAAUUAUGCAAGUACAAAUAUUAGAGAUAGAGCAGUUUAUAAAACUGGUAAACCCGGUUCUAAAUGUAAAUCAGGAAGAAGUAAAAAAUAUCCAGCACUUUGCAAUAAUAAAGAAAUUUAUGAUUUAUUAUAUGAAGAAGAUGAAGAUGAUAGUUUGAACGAAAUUUAAAAGAAAAACAAAAAAUAUAAAAAAAAAAUAGAAUUAAAAUAAUUAAAAUAAUAUUAGAAUAAUACGA